AUGAGCGAUGAUGAAAUAGAAAUUAUUCGAUCAGAGGAAGAAUUUCAAAGACAAAAUAAAUUAAUAGGAAGUUUGCAAAUUGAAAACAAAGUAACAAUAAUUCAGUAAUAUUAAAUAGAGACUUAAUUUAGUUGAGAAGUAACUCUAAAAGGAAAUAGAACAACUUAAUCUCAAGUUUAAGAAUCUUGAAUCCGAUAAGGUGAUUAAAUAAGUGGAGCUCAAAAAUUGGAGUAAUUCUUUAUACUAGUCUUAGAAGCUCAAUUAGAAACUAAUUUUAAACGUUCAGAAAUGUUAAAUAUGUAAUACGAGAUUACAUUAAAAGAUGUCCAAAAGAAAGCAGAUAAACAAAGAGCUUAUAUCCUCUAGCUUGAACAAUAGUUGUAGGAAUAAAAAAAUACAAAGGAGAAAGAAAAGUUAAUUUAGGAACUUAAAUAAUAAACUCAUUUAUUGUCACAAUAGAUUCUAGAAAAAGAGGAAAUGCAUAAGGAAAAUCAGGAAUAGAUGAAAAUCUAAUUAGAAGAGGCAAAAAAACGAAUUGGAUAAGAACAAUCCAUUUCAAUAUAAAUAAAAGAAUAGCUGAUAUAAUUGGAGAAUGAAAAUAAAUAAUAAAAUGAGAAAAUUCUGGUAUUAUUAUAAUUAUAUAAAGAAUCUAAUUAAUGAGAAUGGAAUAUAAAGGAAGGAAAAAGAAAAUCUUUAAUAAUAAUUAGAAUAAAUGUAAUUAGAAAUACAAAAUUUAUCAAUAUAAAUAGGUUUAACUGAAUCCGAAUAUUAAGAAACAUAAAAUAAAACAAAAAAAUUUAUAGAGGAACUGCAUCAAUAACAAUAAUAUAAACUGAUUGGGUAAUAGCAAAAACUAGAAGAAAUUAACAACGAAAUGAAUAUCAAGAGACAGGAAAUGAAUGAUCUAAAAAUGGAAAAUUAAAAAUUAUAAGAUGAAUUAAAAGAAACUCAAGAUUAAAAAUUAUUACUAAUUUAGAAUGGAGAAGAGAAUCAAAAAUUAUAACAACAAGUAAAACAAUAUGAGCAAGCAAACAUUAUUUAAAAAAAUUACACAACUUAACUAGAAUAAAAGGAUAUAAAAUAACUAUAAGAGAUUUAGAAUUUGAAAAAAAAAAUUUUCGAACUCGACAAAAAAUAAAUGACCUAUUGUAAGGAAAAGUAGACCUUUAUAUAAACUUUAGGAGAGUUUUAGACAUAAAUGGAUGAUUCUUAGAUUUGCAAAAAAAAACAAGAUAAUUUAAUUUAAAAUCUGCAAAGAGAAUUAUUCGAAAAAGAAAAAGAGAGAGAGAAUUUGCUUUUAAUAAAUUAAUCACUUUAAGAUCAGAUUAAAGAAAUAAAGAAUAGUAAUGUUUAACUAAAUAACAUCAUUUAAAAUUACGGUUAAAUGAAUAAUGGAAUUUUAGAUUAAAAUCAAAAGUAAAAUUAAUAAGUGAAUUAUAAAAAGGAGGCUGCAUUGUAUAAAAAAUAAAUAGAUGAAAUAUUAAAUUGGAGUAAAACUAAGAUUAAUGAAUUACAAUCAGCUCUAGAUGAAAUCUACAAUUGUAAAUUUUUAUUAAAUAGUUUUUAGAAAACUUAGAAAAAACCUUUCAGAUGUUUAAUUCUUUGAUUAGUACUAAGAUGAAAAAUGUUAUGGAAAAACAAAAAAUAAAGGAAUAGAUUGAUCAUUUUUUAAUAAAUGUGGAAGUAGAAUUACUGAGAAAAUAAAUAAUAUUGAUACAUCACUUUAAUGAGGAUUGA